AAAAAACUUUUAAGAAGGCUGUCGUAGAAAACACCAUGGUCUUCCUCACUCUGUCCCGUUGGAUUCGGAAUCGGGGCCCAGAUCGCUGGUGGAGGGUCCAGGAGGUGCUGAAACACGCUCGGCACUUUCGAGGCAGGAAGAACCGUUGUUUCAGGCUCGCUGUGAGGGCUGUGCGACGGGCCUUCGUCUAUGCAACCAAGGGGCGACAGAAAAAACGAAGAGUGAUGAGAAAGCUUUGGAUCUCCCGUAUUGCUGCUGGUACUCGGGAACACGGGAUGAAGUACCCCGUUCUCGUGUGCAACCUGGUGAAGACUGGUGUCGAGGUGAACAGACGAGUGCUGUGUGACUUAGCCAUAACCGAGCCACGAUCUUUCCAGUCACUUGUUGCUCUGGCUAAGGCACGGAGGGAAGAGGGGCUCCGGGAUGCCCUUGGCGAUGGCAAAGAGCCGCCUGGUGUCUUUUCUCGUAUCGUCCAGUCACACUGACCUGUCACAGUGUGCUUCCUGCUGUCUGGCAAACUGUUCACUGCAACAUCGGUCCUCAGUUAUGUACUCCCGCUGAUACUCUGAUCAGUGAAGAGGGGAAUUUUUGCUGCUGUGGGACUGUCUUUGAGUUUAAAGUCAGGAAUGGGAACUAACUUGUCACAAUUUGAUCCCUGGGUGCUCGACGGAUGCCGUAUUCAGAAAGAAGACUGGUUGGUGGUGGCUUAUUGUAUUGUCAUGUAAAUAUACAACAUCGGUUGUAUACAAAAUAUACAAAACCUAAGAUUGUUAGUAAAGUUUU